AUGGCAAGAAUAGUGACGUAUGACUCCUCAGUUUGUCACAACUUCACAGCACCACAAUCCAAGUCGGUUGAACUAGAAUCAAAAAUGGAAGACGAGGCAUGUCGCCAAUACGUCCUUCAGAAAGGAGCCUACUCAACUUCCCCAGUGCCCUGCUUUGGUUGGGAAGAUUAUCAGGAGGCAGGGUUCAGGAAGAAAGACUAUUCGGGACAUACGACGAGAACCAUAGUUGAUGGUCUGGAUUACUUUAUGGCAACAGAAGUCAGCUUGAAAAACAAACCUCCGCCCAUUGAAAAACCUAUUGAAUUGAUGACUUUGAGAAACAUUAUGGAUCCUCCGGACGAAAAAUUGACUCUUAAAUACAUUGUGAGCAAAUCCGACGCUAUGGGUGGUUGCGCAUUAAGCUAUGGGCUGAAGUUUUGGCGAACUGGGUUCCAUAUCAAGCGUUAUAAUCCAGAGGUUAUAUCAAAACACACGAAAAAGAAGCCCGCUAAUCCUGGCGUGUCGCUUCAGGCGAUUUUUAAAGACCCUCGUUGGUGUUAUCAGAAACCUCAAGAUAGAAUAGUCUAUCCCGGAAUGUCAUACUCAAGUUUUCUCGGUCUACGCUUAUUCCUGAAGCACGAUUUGACGGCACCCGACGUACGCAUAGAUUUCGUCCAUGUGUGCCUCUUGGAAGUGCUUACACACCAUACUUCUAGUGGUCGUCCCGACUUCUAUGAAAAUUUCCAUGAAGUAAAGCGCUCUACACCGAUGCUUCAGAAACUCAAGUACGUUGGAAGUGACUGUUUUACGUGUGGUUUCUACGAUGCAUAUUCGCCUGUCUUGCCAGUGUUGGGCCCUACUCAGUCAUGGGGCUCACUAACAAGAACUUAUAUGUUUAAAGUUCGAGUAAUUGUGUCAAUUGCAGGUGAAAGCAGCGAUUUGCAGACAUUUCUAGAAGUCCAGGUUGCUUCAUUGGCAUCCGAGUUUCAAGAUCCUCUGCGUCCAAGACCCUUGAUAUGGAAAUACCGAACACACGAGGAUACGUUUAUGGCUACACUGAGAUCAUUCAGGCGUGCAAAGGGCUGUCAGAGAAUCGCUUGUGAUUGUGGGCUAGAAUCCAAAUAUGUGGCCCCAAAAUGUUUUUUGGCUUUUAGCAAGACUCUAUUCGAGCCAAGAGAUGCUCUUUAUUAUGCAUUGGACACAUUGAAUGUAACCUAUCGUCAUGAAAACUAUGAAAUAAUCGCCAUUCCAACUGAUGAACAGAUUGUCACCAUCACCACAAUUACUAUACGGUACCAAGGAAGCCCUUCACAUUAUUUGGGUGCUCUUAUGGAGAGCUUCGAAUCGAUUACUGGCGAAAUGUUCCUUAAAGAAUCAUUCAUCUUAUCACAAAGAGACUAUUUAACGAUCGUGCCCAGGAUUGUUGGCCCAACAGAUAAAGUUGUAUCUAUGCCUCACCGAAAGGACCGGUUGACGGCUGGAUUGUUCUUUCUGUCUGGAGGGAAGCUUUUCCCUGUGACAGACGAGUUCUAUAGACCAUUCCAUGAACGUUAUAUGGACCAUCGUAAAGUCGAUGAUCUAAAUGCUACUUCACUGUCGAUUCGUGAACUUAAACCUGAAAAGUAUUUUCUGUACCUUAAACAGAAGUAUAUCACUAGUACAUUGAAGUUGAAAGUUCGUUUUUUUGGCCUGGAUAGGUUCUUUCUGAACGUUGAAGAGUUUUAUGUGACUCCAGGUAUGAAAGUUUCUGACGUCUUACAUGUGGAUAUCAUAUUUUGGGGACAGAUGGUUUUUACUGAUCGCCAUUUGAUCAUUAAACUGUUCCACGUGUUUCUUAAGGAGAAACUUACCUUCUACUCACCUAGUCACCUGGCUGUGUCCAAGACUAUGGUCAGGUUACAUGAGCUUGCUCAUACCGCAGAGGAAGUUGUUGUUGAUCUUGAAAUGUGUCUCUUUGAAAGGCUUUGUAGAGUUCCUGGUUCCCUUUAUCGGUGUCGUAUCCCGCAAUUGGAGCCAACGUCAUUUUCAGAUCUUUUUGAUAGACACUAUGAGUUGUGCUUCACUCUGGAUAUGGAGCUUUGUGGAAAUGAAUAUAAAGCGUCUUGCUCUCAACCGAUUAUGAUUGCCGUUGACGAAUAUUCCUGGCGACCAAUUGAUAGGCCGCCUCCUUAUGUUCCAUGA